UGCUCACAUAUAUUAGAGCAGAAGGGACACACAAAGAAGCUCUACAUCAUGAAAUUAGUGAAGCUUCUUAUUACUUUUGUUGCCCUUUUUGGAAAUACUUUCUGUGUUGAUGAGGAAUUUGAAACUGCUACUCAAUCGUCCACAGCAACAUUUUCAGAUGACAGAGAUAUUACAAGAUCACCAAUUAGAUUAACUUUUUAUGAAAACCAAAAUGAAAGUUCUCAGCAAGCUCAGAAAGGACUACCUCUUCACCCCUUAGCAUAUUCCAAUGAGUGGAAGCCCAUGCUAAUGCCAAUUCCGUUGUCAUCAUUCCGCGUUAAAACGAGUGAUCCAAAUUCUGAAAAUGAGAGACCUGGUUUUCAGCCUACUCCCUUGCAACGGACAAGCAGUCAAAUUAAAAAUCUGACUGAAAGCAUGGACCAGUACCCUGUACCUUCAGAUGACAUCAGAGUGCCAUUAAGUACUGCAUUUUUACCGUUUCCUCCUCUGUUCUUCCCUCGACCUAUGCCGUCUGAUCAGUUAAGUGGAAUGAGUGAUAUUACAGCCCAAAACACACAGGAAAUUAAAAAUGAAUCAUCGUCUUUCCCUUGGCCUUUCUUCUAUGGGCCAAACGCAGCUCGCCCUGAUAUUGCUUCUGAUAACUUCCCAUUCAUACCCCGAAGUUUUCCGAUUCCAGCAUUCUUUUUACCAAACGUUCUUAGAAAUAAAGACCAGGAAAAUUCUUUAAUAAAGUCAGAAUUUCCAAGAGCUCCUUUCAUUUAUCCACCACCUCUAUCAGUAGGUGAUGAUAGAAAUUAUCUUGUAAGCCAAGGUGUUAACCCUUUUGUUGGAUCACCUUUCAUGACCAUAGUUCCAGCAUCUUCUGAGGGCAAAAGUAUCUUGCCAAAGGACAAUAUUCGAGAAGAAGGGUCCAUUUCUUUACCUGAAGAUGAAUUAUCCAGCGAAGACCCAAUUUCUUCAGAACCUAUUGCAUCUGAAUCAGUACCACCAGAAAUGCCCAUUCGUCCGCUACCAGUUUUUCCUUUAGGUGUUCUGCCACCUUCAUAUAUGCCACCAUUUGCUUUUCCACCUCAGGUUUUUUCUCCUCCUGUUCUACCCGAAGUUCCACCAGCUAUACAGACAUUUCCGGAUACUCCAUUACCUGCCGGUGAGUUAUCUAAGCCAAACGCUUUCCCAUUAGAAAUUCUACCAGAAGAGACUUUACCACCAAGAGUUUUACCUGCUAACGUCGAACAGGCAGAAAAUGUACCGCUGGAAAUAGUUUCUCAGGAUAAGAACGUAGAAGAGGAUAUUAUAAAUUCAGCAAGGAUUCCUUACGAAUUUGGAUAUGAGAUGAAUGAUGGAAAUGGCACAGACCAACAUAGACAAGAAAUUGCUGAUGAAACUGGGGCUGUGAAAGGAAGUUACGGAUACAAAGAUCCACUGGGAGUUUACCGCCUUGUCAAUUAUUUCGCCGAUCAGAAUGGAUUUAGAGCAUUUAUUCAAACCAAUGAACCUGGAGUUGCUAAUCCGGGAAGCGCUGAUGUUGUUGUGAUGGCUGAAGUACCGCCUCCUCGAGCUCUUGCAGAAGGAUUUAAACAGCCUGAACUGAUACCAGUGGAAAUUCCAGACUCAGAUUUAAUAGCAGAAGGAAGCGUAACUAAAUAAUAGGUGUUCCCAAGAGUAAAAUUUGAAAUGUUUUAAUGCUGAGUACGUUAAUGAUUUCAGUUUCGUGUUUUGUGAUUUAAUACAGACUCCUUCAUUGUAAUCAAAA